AAAAUUGAUACGCAGGAAUGACAUGGUGCCUCCCCAUGGUGAGUCAGUGACACAUCAGUUUGGCCUCCCCACAGGCACGGAGAGAGAGAGAGAGAGAGAGAGAGAGAGAGAGAGACCCUGCUCCUCUAUAUCACGAAGACAGUCAAUCACGCUCUUGAUCAUUUAGAGAAAAGCUCAUUAUUGGAACUGCGAGUGACCAUACCUGAGGCAGCAGAGCAGUUGUAGACAGCGCUCUCAGCCAAUAUGCAAUCUUCACUAUCCUCAAUCCAUGGCAAAAGAAUCCACAUUUCCACACCAAUCCCAAAACCCAACUCACCACCACAAUCAAGAAAAUCACUUCUACACCUACCUCACCUCCCAUCCUCUCCUUCACGCCUUUCAAUCCGUUCCCAUCAAAUCAAACCACAAUCACUUCCAACCCACUCCAACCCACCAUUCCACUCACCCAUUAGAACACCAAAUCCCAAUCAACCCAUUAUUCCAUCACCAAGGCCCCGCAAGUCACACCCACUGCCCCCGCUUCUUUGUGGCAUUUCAUCGAACACCUUGAGUGCGGAUGGCGGCGGGAGGGGUUUUCGGGGUUGGAUCGAGGCAGUUGGGGAGGCUGUUUCAACGGCUUUCCCGGUGUGGGUGGCGUUGGGUUGUUUGGUGGGGCUGUUGAAACCGGGUUCGUACAAUUGGGUCAAACCCGAGUGGACUAUUAUGGGCAUUACUGUUACUAUGCUUGGAAUGGGUAUGACACUCACUUUUGAUGAUCUUCGUGGGGCUUUGGCUAUGCCUAAGGAGUUAAUCACUGGUUUUGUGCUCCAGUAUUCGGUGAUGCCACUAUCAGCAUACUUUGUCAGCAAAUUCCUAAGGCUGCCUUCCUAUUAUGCAGCUGGCUUGAUAUUGGUUGGAUGCUGCCCAGGCGGUACAGCAAGUAACAUUGUCACUUAUAUUGCACGUGGAAAUGUUGCCCUUUCAGUUUUGAUGACUGCUGCAAGUACCCUAUCAGCCGUGAUCAUGACCCCGUUUCUCACUGCCAAACUUGCUGGACAAUUCGUUGCAGUUGAUGCGGUCGGACUUCUUAUGUCCACGUUGCAGGUUGUGCUUCUUCCCGUGCUGGCUGGGGCCUUUCUAAAUCAGUAUUUUCAAAGUCUGGUUAAAUUUGUUUCUCCCUUGAUGCCACCGAUUGCCGUUGCAACUGUGGCUGUUCUAUGUGGAAAAGCUAUUGCCCAGAGUGCUUCAGCGAUCCUCACAUCUGGUGGACAAGUGGUGCUAGCUGCUGCCCUUCUUCAUGCAUCUGGAUUUUUCUUUGGCUAUAUGCUUUCAAGGAUGUUGGGGCUUGAUGCAUCUUCCUCCCGAACGAUUUCUAUCGAGGUUGGCAUGCAGAACUCGGUGCUUGGGGUAGUUCUUGCCACUCAGCACUUUGGAAACCCAUUGACUGCAGUACCAUGUGCUGUUUCCAGUGUCUGUCACUCUAUCUUCGGCAGCGCAUUGGCCGGAAUCUGGAGGUGCAGUAUUCCAGAAAGCCCGAAGCAGGAUAAGUCAUAGAAGAUACGCUUUAGACGAAUUUUGCGCUGUUUUUUCUCUUAUGAUUUUGGACCGUGGAUUUGGUUGAACAAUAUCAAGCUUGUUAACAAUGCUUUUAGGCUCAUGUUCUGGCAAUUAAGAGGAGAGCUGACGUUGGGCAUCCAAGAUUCAGUUCUGUUCCAAUCACAAACAUGUGUAGCCUACAAGAUAGCGUUUAUUGCGAUUAGUUUCCGUUUGGGACAGAUCUUUGAAUACAAAUUUGUUCAUGAGAGCUUAUAUGGACAAUAUUUUGUGUCA